AUGAUGCGUGCAGUACGUCGAUUCCCAGUAUCCAAGGUGUUUCCACGCAGCUGCUUCCAACAUGCCAGGGCCUUUGCAGCUUCGCCGGAGGCGUUCAAGGCAGCCUACGAAGCCCACGUGGCCGAGCGCGCGGCACAAGGUAUUCCACCCUUGGCGCUGGAUUCCAGCCAAGCCGAGAGUGUGGUGGAGAUGCUGAAGAAGGCACCAGCUGAUGGUGCCUUUUAUGUGGAUCUCCUGCGAAACAGGGUCAACCCUGGUGUUGAUGACUCCAGCUGUGUGAAGGCAAACUUUCUGCGCGACGUGAUGCAUGGCAAGGUUUCCACACCGCUGAUCUCAAAGGUUGAUGCAGUGGAAAUGCUCGGAUGGAUGCAAGGUGGCUACAACGUUGCACCUUUGGUCGAAGCCUUGGAUCUUGAUCAGGAGAUUGCUGACGCAGCAGCAACCGGUCUGAGUAGAAUGAUCCUGAUGUUCGAUGCAUUCUACGAUGUGGAGGAGAAGAUGAAGAAGGGAAAUCCAGUGGCAAAGAAGGUCAUCGAAUCCUGGGCCAAUGCUGAGUGGUUUACAAAACGACCAGAAGUACCAGAGAAGGUGACCCUUUGCGUUUUCAAAGUGACGGGAGAGACCAACACUGACGAUCUCUCGCCAGCUCCAGAUGCCUGGUCCCGUCCUGAUAUCCCUUUGCAUGCUCUGGCCAUGUUGAAGUUCCCUCGCGAUGGGAUCACCAAUGCCCCUGAACAGAUUGCUGACUUGAAGAAGAAGGGCCAUCAGUUGGCCUAUGUGGGCGACGUGGUGGGCACAGGCUCCUCGCGCAAGUCAGCCACCAACUCCAUCUUGUGGUACAUGGGCCAGGAUAUUCCUUGUGCCCCCAACAAGCGCACUGGUGGCUUUGUGCUUGGUAGUGUCAUUGCUCCCAUCUUUUUCAAUACCAUGGAAGAUUCUGGUGCUUUGCCGCUGGAGAUGGAUGUGAAGGAUUUGGCUAUGGGCGAUUUGAUCGAUCUCUGUGUGUAUGAGCAGGCUAUCAAGAAACAUGGCACAAAUGAUGUGAUCACAAAGUUUGACCUGAAGCACGAGCUGAUGCUGGACCAGGUCCGAGCUGGUGGCCGUAUUCCUUUGAUUAUUGGUCGUGGUCUCACCAACAGGGCUCGUGAGAGCAUGAGCUUGGGACCGACCACCACUUUCAAGCAGAUGGCCCAGCCAGAGGUGAAUGUGAAGGGAUUCUCCUUGGCACAGAAGAUGGUGGGAAAGGCCUGCGGCGUGGACGGUGUGGUACCAGGAGCCUACUGCGAGCCUCGAAUGGGGACGGUUGGCUCCCAGGACACCACAGGCCCCAUGACGCGUGAUGAGCUGAAGGACUUGGCCUGCCUCGGUUUCCAGGCUGACCUGGUGAUGCAGUCCUUCUGCCAUACGGCAGCAUACCCCAAGCCAGUGGACGUGAUCACCCAUCGCACCCUGCCCAAGUUCAUCGCUGAUCGUGCCGGUGUGGCACUGCGCCCGGGUGAUGGGAUUAUUCACAGCUGGCUGAACCGAAUGCUCCUGCCCGACGAGGUCGGCACAGGCGGAGAUUCGCACACCCGCUUCCCACUGGGAAUUUCUUUCCCAGCUGGCUCCGGCCUCGUUGCCUUCGCCGCUGCCACUGGUGUCAUGCCUCUGAACAUGCCAGAGUCAGUCUUGGUGCGCUUCAGUGGCAAGAUGCAGCCGGGUGUGACUCUGCGCGACUUGGUCCAUGCUAUUCCUUACUACGCCAUUCAACAGGGCCUCCUUACUGUGGAGAAGAAGGGGAAGAAGAACAUUUUCAAUGGCCGCAUCCUUGAGAUUGAGGGUCUUCCGGAUUUGAAGUGCGAACAAGCCUUUGAGCUGUCUGACGCCUCGGCAGAGCGAUCUGCAGCAGGAUGCACCAUCAAGUUGAACAAGGAGCCUGUGAUUGAGUACUUGAAAUCCAACAUCACGCUGUUGAAGUGGAUGAUCUCCCAGGGCUACAGCGAUCCACGAACCUUGGCGCGACGUGUGACGAAGAUGGAGGAAUGGUUGAAGGCGCCCGAGCUUAUGGAGGCCGACAAGGAGGCUGAGUACGCAGCGGUGAUCGACAUUAACUUGGACGAUCUUAAGGAGCCCAUCCUGUGUUGCCCCAAUGAUCCAGAUGAUGCCAAGAAGCUCUCGGAGAUCGGCACCAACAACAUUGAUGAAGUCUUCAUUGGCUCCUGCAUGACGAACAUUGGCCACUACCGCGCUGCGGGCAAGAUGCUGAGCCAGUUUGAGGGACAGCUUGGAACUCGCUUGUGGAUUGCCCCACCCACCAAGAUGGAUGAGGAGCAGUUGACCAAGGAGGGCUACUACUCCAUCUAUGGCAAGGCCGGAGCCAGGACCGAAAUGCCAGGAUGCUCGCUUUGCAUGGGCAACCAGGCACGCGUUGCAGACAAUGCCACUGUUGUCUCCACUUCUACACGCAACUUCCCCAAUCGCCUGGGAAAGGGCGCGAAUGUCUUCCUGGCUUCUGCAGAGCUGGCAUCCGUGGCUGCCAUUCUUGGCAGACUGCCAACCCCAGAGGAGUACCUGAAGUACCACACCGAGCUGGCCAAGAACGAGGAUUCGAUCUACCAGUACCUGAAUUUCGACCAGGUGGAGGAAUAUGUGGAGAAGGCAAACUCAGUGGACAUGAGCGCGCAUCAGUGA